CUCAGCAGACAGUGGCUCAGCCCAGGAUGAUUCAGCCAGUUUCUGUGCAGCCACCCUCGUUUCAGCAAGUCCAGGUGCAGCCAGCCGUUUAUCAGCAGUCUUCUGCCCAGCCGUCUGGUAGUGGCGGUAAGAGAAAGUUUGAAGGCAAGAAGAAGAACCAGCAGAACAAGAAGGGAGGAAAUGGUGGACGAGGUGCCCGUCAGCCAGUACAGCAGACUCCGAGAGCUCGGCCACUCUGUGGCAACUGCGGCCGGACUCACGGGGGACAGUGCUUAGCUG